CAGCGGUGGACACGAGGCGAGAGGACCAGCAGCCGCUGUCAGGCCUCCCAGAGACUGCAGAGCCGUCGACCAAUCACAAUGAGUGUGGAGGGUGAUGAGAAGCGAACUCGCACUCGGUCCAAGGGCAUCAGAGUUCCCAUUGAGCUCGUAGGACAAGAGCUGAGCUGCCCCACCCCUGGAUGCAAUGGCUCCGGCCAUAUCAGUGGGAGAUACUCACGGCACAGAAGCAUUCUGGGCUGCCCCAUCGCAAGGAAGCGCCGCCUGGAGGAGGCGGAGGCCGAGCAGGAGCAGGAGCAGGAGCAGGAGUCCGAGCGACCCGCCUCCAAGCGCAAGUCCCACCCGCUGAAGCUGGCUCUGGACGAGGGCUUCAGCGCCGAGAGCGACGCCAGCAGCGAGGCCGAGGGCGACGGAGACAAGGAUGCAGGGAAAGAGCAGGAGGCCAAGGAGGCGGAGGAGGAGGAGGAGGAGGAGGAAGGGGGGAGGGACGCUGCUGUAGAGGAGAAGGAGGAGAAGAAGAAGGAGGAGGAGGCGACAGAGGACGAACAGAUGAACGGCCAAGAGGAGGAGUCACCAGUGAAGGACGGGGAGGAGGAGAAAUCUGCAGCUGAGGAAGAGGAGGAGUGUGUGAUCGUCGAGCCCGAGCGGGAGGCGGCGGCUCCGGCCCCGGAGGACUGCCGCUCGCCCUCAGAGAGCGCGGAAGACGUGGCCAAUUCCCUGCUUCACCUGGGCAGGGUCCCCAACAACAACACCAACAACAACAACAAUGCUCCGACGGAGGCCAUUCAGCUGCCUGUUGCCAUGGAGACUGAGGAGGAUAUCGCCACCGAGCAGGGUGAAGGAGUGAAGGACGAGCAGGAGGGGGACGUGGAUGAGGGGGAAGAGGAGGAGGAGGAGGAGGAGGAGGAGGAGGAGGCGCACAGAGUUCAAGUGCUGGAGGAGUCGCCCGUUCUGCCGGAGGAGGCAGCCGACGUCGACUACCAGCAGGGAGGGCAUCCAGACUCCGCCUACCCAGACUAUCCCGCCCAGAGUGUCCACGGCGAGGAGAUCAAAGGUGAAGAUGUUAUGGAAGAGGAGGAACAUUUAGCCGUUUCAGAGGCAGAAACAGCAGCAGAGGAGGAGGAGGAGGAGGAGGAGGAAGAUGAAGAGGAGCACAGGGAGCAUAUUCCGACCAUUUCUGACGUGCCAACCGCCGUCCGCACCAUCACCAGCAUCGCAGCCGCUCAGGGAACACACAUCAAGACGGAGGACCACAGGGCCAGCCCUCCAGAGGACUACACCCCCCACAGAACCAGUCCCCUCCACAAGCUGGACUCUCUGCGAGCGGCCUCGCUCCACGGCUUCAAGGCCAGCCCCCCGCUGAGCUUCGGCUCGCACCGGGCCAGCCCGCUGGAGGAGUUCUUCUCCCUCCCCAGGAGCGGCAGCUACAGCCUGCACAAGCCCUCGUCGUCCGCCUCCACCGACAUCAUCGAGGUCUGCUCCGAGAAGUCCGAGGAGAAAGACUACGACAACAUGGACGGGGACGACGAGCGGGACGACGAGGACAGCCUGUCGCAGCGCUCCACCGUCACCGACGAGUCGGAGAUGUUCGACAUGACCCGGGGGAACCUGGGCCUCCUGGAGCAGGCCAUCGCCCUGAAGGCCGAGCAGGUGAAGCCGGCCGGGCCCCGGGAGCUGCUCCGCGCCCCAGAUAUACACCACCAGCGCUACUUCACCAUGGAGGACCGGCCCAAGCACCUGGACAUCAUCCGCAAGAGCUACUUCAGCAAAGAGAGCAGCCGGCCCGAGAAGAGGGAGAUAAAAUGCCCCACGCCGGGCUGCGACGGGACAGGCCACGUGACCGGCCUGUACCCUCACCACCGCAGCCUGUCGGGCUGUCCGCACAAGGACAGGAUCCCCCCCGAGAUUCUGGCCAUGCAUGAAAAUGUGCUGAAGUGUCCGACUCCCGGCUGCACCGGUCAGGGCCACGUCAACAGCAACCGCAACACACACCGCAGCCUCUCCGGGUGCCCCAUCGCCGCUGCAGAGAAGCUGUCCAAGAGCCACGACAAGCAGCACCUCUCCCAGCCGGGCGCCGAGCACCUCAAGGGGAGCCCCAACGACCGAGUGCUGAGGCCCAUGUGCUUCGUGAAGCAGCUGGAGGUGCCCCAGUACGGCAGCUACCGGCCCAACAUGGCGCCGUCCACGCCCCGCGCCAACCUGGCCAAGGAGCUGGAGAAGUACUCCAAGGUGUCCUUCGAUUAUGCAAGCUUCGACGCCCAAGUGUUCGGGAAGCGCACGCUUGCUCCAAAGAUGCUCACCAGCGAAACCUCACCCAAAGCCUUCAAAACUAAGCCCUCAUUCCCCAAGUCGUCGUCGCCCAGCCUCAGCCUGCACGAGUACGGGAAGAGCUCCUCCCUGGCCUACGACUACUCGCACGACGCCGAAGCUGCUCACAUGGCGGCCACCGCCAUCCUCAACCUGUCCACGCGCUGCUGGGAGAAGCCCGAGAACCUCAGCACCAAACCGCAGAGCAAGGAAUUGGACAUCGAGGUGGACGAGAACGGCACCCUGGACCUGAGCAUGAAGAAGCCCAUCAAGCGGGAGGGCAGCCUGUCGGGCGCCAGCCCGGGCGUGCGCUCCCCGGACCCGUCGUCCUCCUCCUCGCUGCACCACGGCGGCAGCAGCGGCGUCACUUCGCCCAACCUGCUGGCGUACAAGCAGGAGGACUGGGAGGGGCCGCUGGAUUACACCAAACCCAACCGCCAGCGGGAGGAGGAAGCGGAGGAGAUGGAGCUCACGGCGCCGUCCUACGUGUCGUCCGACCCCGAGGACUGCGACAUGAUGCAGGACUGUCUGGAGGACAGGAAGUACCCGGGCGAGGUGACCACCCCCAGCUUCAAGGUCAAGUUUCAGCCCAAGGACGCCAAGAAGGAGCUGCUCUCGUGUCCCACACCUGGCUGCGACGGCAGCGGGCACAUCACCGGGAACUACGCGUCGCACCGCAGUCUGUCUGGGUGUCCUCUCGCUGAUAAGAGCCUUCGGUCCCUCAUGGCGGCCCACACCCCUGAACUCAAAUGUCCCACUCCAGGAUGCGACGGCUCGGGUCACAUCACAGGAAACUACGCCUCGCACAGAAGUCUCUCUGGGUGCCCGCGUGCCAAGAAAAGUGGAAUUAAAACUCCUACCAAGGACAACCAGGAGGACUCCGAGCUUUUAAAAUGCCCCGUGCCGGGCUGCGACAGCCUGGGCCACAUCAGCGGGAAGUACGCCACGCACCGCAGUGCCUACGGCUGCCCGCUGGCCGCCCGCCGGCAGAAGGAGGGCCUGCUGAACGGCACGCCCUUCAACUGGAAGGCCUUCAAGACAGAGGGGCCCACCUGCCCCACCCCGGGCUGCGACGGCUCCGGGCACGCCAACGGCAGCUUCCUCACGCACCGCAGCCUCUCGGGAUGCCCCAGAGCUCUGUACGCCAAGAAGAAGGCCAAGUUCCCCUCGGAGGAAUACCUGAGCACCAAGUUCAGAGCCGGAGACGUUCUGAACAACGACGAGGACAUCAAGCAGCUCAACAAGGAGAUCAGCGACCUCAACGAGUCCAACAACGAGAUGGAGGCCGACAUGGUCAACCUGCAGACCCAGAUCUCGUCCAUGGAGAAGAACCUGAAGAACAUCGAGCACGAGAACAAGAUGAUUGAGGAGCAGAACGAGGCUCUGUUCAUGGAGCUGUCCGGCCUGAGCCGCGCCCUCAUCCGCAGCCUGGCCAACAUCCGGCUGCCGCACAUGGAGCCCAUCACCGAGCAGAACUUCGACAGCUACGUCAGCACCCUGACCGACAUGUACACCAACAAGGACUGCUUCCAGAGCCCCGAGAACAAGGCGCUGCUGGAGAGCAUCAACAAGGCGGUGAAGGGCAUCAAAGUGUGAGGCGCUCAGAGGAGCGGCGGCCGCGCAGCGCUACAAUACAUUCAUUCAAAAAAACAAAAGGGAAUUCAGGUUAUUUUAAAUACAUGGCAACUUAAA